CGCCUGCUCGGAGUUUUUCCUGCAGCGUCAUUGGCUGUCAGUGUAGUAUUGCACACGCUGCGCUGUGAUUGGCUCAGAUCUCAGAGGAAGAGAGAUUUCAUAAAGCAAGUCUUUUAGAAGUUGAGUAAAGGGAAUAAGUGGAGGAAAAAACCCCGAGAAUACCUGCGACAUUCACGGCACAAAUCACGGACGGACUCUCUCCCUCUCUCUCUCUCUCCCUCUCCGGACUGAGCAGUCUACCCGAGGAUUUGUCGUUCUUUUUCUUAAAAAACAAAUCAUCUGUGCAUCUGUCAGGAUGUUGUUGUGGAUGAUUUCCUUCCUGUUCACCAACUCCAUGGCUCAGCGGUCGGAGCCCAUGUUCUCAGCCAUAACCAAGACCGCCCUUCCGCCUGACUACGACAACAACCCCACUCAGCUCAACUAUGGCGUGGCAGUCACUGAUGUGGAUGGGGACGGAGACUUGGAGAUAUUUGUAGCUGGCUACAACGGCCCAAACCUGGUGCUCAAGUACGACAAACAGAAGAGGAGGCUCGUCAACAUCGCCGUUGACAACCGCGGCUCGCCUUUCUACGCCCUGAGAGAUCGUCAGGGCAACGCCAUCGGAGUGACAGCGUGCGACAUCGACGGGGACGGACGGGAGGAGAUUUAUGUCCUCAACACCAACAACGCCUUCUCCGGCCGGGCGACGUAUUCUGACAAGCUGUUUAAGUUCCGUAAUGGGCGCUUUGAAGAUCUACUGAGUGAUGACAUUAACGAACACAGGGAUGUAGCAAACCGAAUGGCUGGGCGCUCAGUGGCCUGUGUGGACAGGAAGGGCUCAGGGCGAUAUGCCAUCUACAUCGCUAACUACGCCAGUGGUGACGUGGGACCUCACGCCCUCAUAGAGAUGGAUGAGGCAGCCAGCGACCUUUCACAGGGGGUCAUCGCCCUCUCCAGUGUAGCAGAGCAGGCCGGGGUCAACAAGUUCACGGGAGGGCGAGGCGUCGUGGUGGGGCCCAUUAUUAGUCAGACGCUGUCCGACGUGUUCUGCGACAACGAGUACGGGCCCAACUUCCUGUUCAGGAACAACGGGAAUGGAACUUUCACAGAUGUGGCGCAGCAGGCUGGUGUGGAGGACCCCAUGCAGCACGGCAGAGGGGUCGCUCUGGCAGACUUCAACCGGGACGGAAAGACAGACAUCGUGUACGGGAACUGGAACGGACCACAUCGCCUGUACAUCCAGCAGAAUAAGAGCAAACAGAAAUUCAAGGACAUAGCUUCUCAGAAGUUUGCCAUGCCGUCUCCCGUCCGCACCGUCAUCGCCGCGGACUUUGACAACGACAACGAGCUGGAGGUGUUCUUCAACAACAUCGCCUACAGGGGGCCCUCUGCCAAUAGGCUCUUCAGGGUGAGCAGGAGAGAACAUGGAGAUCCACAGAUAGAAGAGCUAAAUAUCGGAGAUGCAUCUGAACCUGAAGGCAGAGGAACAGGGGCCGUCGCCACGGACUUUGACGGCGACGGCCGCCUGGAACUGUUGGUGUCUCACGGUGAGAGUGCAGCACAACCGCUCUCUGUCUACAAAGUCAAUCAGGGCUCCACUAACUCGUGGCUGCGAGUGAUUCCUCGGACCAAAUUCGGUGCCUUUGCCAGGGGAGCCAAAGUGGUGGUGUACACAAAAAAGACGGGCCCACACACACGGAUCAUCGACGGUGGCUCAGGAUACCUGUGUGAGAUGGAGCCUGUCGCACACUUUGGCCUUGGCAAAGACGUGGCCACAAACGUGGAGGUUUACUGGCCAGACGGUCACUCGGUGGCUCGACCCCUGGAGCCGUCAGAGAUGAACUCUGUGCUGGAAAUACACUACCCCAGAGACGAGGAGGAGUUCACCCCCACUGUGGAAAUAGAGUGUGGUCAUGGGUUUGCGCUGAAUGAGAACGGCCGCUGCACAGAUCAGGAUGAGUGUACCCAGUUCCCCUCUGUUUGCCCCUCUGACCGUCCUGUCUGCACCAACACCUACGGCAGCUAUAAGUGCCGAGCCAGGAAGAGAUGCAACCAGGGCUUUGAACCCAGCGACGAUGGGUCGGCCUGUGUGGCUCAGGUGGCGUACUUUGGAGGGGUGCAGUCCUCUGGAGGACACAAGUGGUCAGGCCUAUAUUUCUGGUUACUUCCCGUCUCUGUGCUCCCACUGGUCUGUACUCGUCUCCCUAAUGGACUUCUUUAGCCAUCAGCGACCGUCCUCCCCGGCUCCUAACUGUGUCCACUGUGGAACAGGAAUGUACAGAAUCUUACUGAAAAAUUAAAAAAAACAACACAAAAACAAACUCUCUUCACUGACACGUCUACUUCCUGUGCUCCUCCGUGGAUGUACGCUAUCUUCCUACUAGAGUAUCAGUCAUCACAGUCUCCAUCCCUCCUCCACACUGGGCUCCCAGCCCCCUGCUGGACUGUAGAGAGACAUAAAAGGGAGCAUGCUCGCUGGGAUCUCUGACGCCUCGACCUGACAAUGUCACGCCCGCAGACGCCCUCACGUCAUCACCUGGCACUAGUCUCGAAAGGACCUGAACUAAAGCCAAGUCAAUAGGUGGAGCCGCGGUGCGUGAAGAGAACUGGCUCCACCGUCCACGUUCAUCACCGACGAACGCUGAGGCUCCACGUGUAUCUGCACCGCGUCGCGACGUUAAUCUCAGCUACGUCUUUCUCAUUCCUAAUCUGGGCUCACUGAUACGCUGAGAAACAGCAGGUCUCUGUGCGUCGGGGUCCGGCAGGUAUGAGAGGUCUAAAAGAAACACGAGCCACAGCAUCUGUAGUAGUAGCUGAUGGAAGGAUAGUUUUUUUGUUUGUUUGUUUUUUGUAUGAAAGAAAUGAAACAUCAGAGAGACAUUUGUGUACCAGUGUUUUGUGUAUACUGUACAAGCACAGCAGUUUACUUCAACCCACCAUCAUUUAUGGGGCGAUCAUAAACUGAGCAACAGCUAACAAUGAUAUUUAAUGUUGUUGACAUUAAUUGUCGUGACACCGUGUUCAAUUAAUCUUUACUGCUCAUGCCUAAUUAAUCAGAGUCAAAGUGAACGUGAAAUUAGUGACGAUAACAAGGACACGGUGUUGUUUCUUUAUAACAAUUUAAAAAAAAAAACCUUAAAUAUAUUUUUUACGACGCAGCUGUCAAGGCAACUUUAAUCUACGCUAAUUGAUAUAUAAAUUGUAUGCAGAUUGUAGAUACAGACUGUAUGAAAUUAAUUAAGGAUUAAGAAGAGAGAGAUGUUUCUACAGGAUGUUUCAGAAACGUGGUUAUGCAGCAGAUGCUAAUGACGAUGAGGAGUUAGUGGGUUCACAGAUUUGAGAUGAUUACAUGAACAAUAAUAUUUGGACAUAAAUCAAACCCAGUGUUUUGGUGACAACUCUGGUCAGUUUUUACCAGGUUAAGCUCCUUGUCAUUAUUAAUAAGCGAAACGACAUGUUGUAUAAUCCAACACCAAGUGAAGUGGUCACACUAAAAAAGACCAAAAUCUAAUGCGACAAGUCAUUUAAAGUGUAUUUUUGCCUUCAAAUGUGCUCAAAAUAUAAUUAUCAGUACAAUGCAACAUGAACAAUCUUCUUUCCAGGCACUUUCUAAUUCAAUUGUUAUGAGAAAACUUUACACCACAUGUUUCUAUACCACUGUUUUACUAUAACGUCUACAGAAGUUUGUAUUGAAGUCGAUGAAAAGGUUCCUUUAUUCUAAUGGUGUUAAAUUUGCGAAAAACUGUCGACGACUAAAGGUUCUUGUUCUAAGGUCACACAGUCUCCCAGAGCCAGGAGUUAAACCAACAACCAACCCACUCCACCUCCUAAACACAGUCUCAUCUGCCUAUUUGGCCUGAAGUCAUUACUGUGCCUUCCUUCACUGUGAUCAGUUUGGUUAGAAAUAAAGCAGGAAGUUUUAAUGUGACACAAUGAAAGUCAUUAUUGCCAAACUGCCACAUAUUUUCUGAGACUAGUUUUUAUUUAUUUAUUUAAUAAAUACUCUGCUAUAAAGAAUUACUCAGACGUGAAAACACAGUUUGAAACUGAUUGAAAUCGACAACAGCUUCAAUUCUCCACUAAAGAAAAAUCCCCUUUUCAGAAGCUUCAACACAGUUAAUACUGUACAGGCAGAGCGACUGUACUGGAGGGAAACCACACGGAGCAGCAGAGUCCUCCAGAGUCAGGUCUCCGUACGGACACACGUGUGUGUGUGUGUGUUUCAUGAACUUCCCUUCGUUCAUAUUCUGAGGUCAAUGUUACAUUUCCAAUGUCUUUUUUUUUUUUUUUUGCCAAAAGUUCAUGCAUUCCAUUCAAGAAACAGCACCAAGCACAGACCCUGACAUCAGCCUGUCAGCGAGCUGGACUCAGCCAACGUAGACCACCUGUAAAUAUCAACCAUUUCUGCUGAGACUAAGCCUAUUUUUUAUUGCUGAUAUCUUAUCCUCACCGGUCACGUUGACUCUGCGACUCCUACAGGUGCAGCUGCAGAGAUGUGGUGAUCACCACGGACAUGUCUUUGUUUCCAAUCACACUCUUGGAUCAGACUGAAUGUAUCACGAAGGUCACGUGUGUGUGUAUGUAAGAUCACAGUUUGCAUGAAGAUCCACAAGUGUAAAAUAAUCCUGCACGUGUGAAAAAAAAAAGUUCAUAAUGCUGUACAUUCAUCCUGAUGUCACUGCUCAAAAUGACAAAAAAAAAGAUGACGUAUUGUGUCAUUCCCUGCAGUAACUGCUGUGGUGUUGGUUUAAUCCAGUGGUUCUCAACUAUUUUCCGUCAUGCGCCCUCUUGGGGACAGAAAUGAUUCCACGUGCGAAUUGAAAUACUAUUGAGAACCUGAUAACGUAUAUAUUUAUCUGUACAAACCACUGUAUGAGUUGCUGCCACCUAGUGACUGGAGGCUUGUUUUCACCCCAGGGGGGCCGCCCCACUAUUUGAGAAGCACUGGUUCAAUCUGACACUGAAGUUUGUAAAGAACUGGACGUACUGAUGAUGACUGUCGGCCGUUCUGGUUCAUGUAACUCAACUCCCCCCGUGUCGUAGUGACUGUAUUCACUGUAGCCAAACAAACACACGGAGUCUCUACAGUAACGGCACAACGUCUGUCACUUCAGAACUAAUACUCAUGUUAAUCUGUUCUGUGUCCUGUGACUUCACUGGACGAAGCUGAAGAAAAUAAAACAAAAAACAACGUUCACACAAACACUGACUUUUUCUGCACCUGAACGCGGACAGAACCUGGCUGACAAAGGUAGGAUCAAUGACAGUCAAGGUCCUGCAGGAGGAAUAUUUUAUAUCUGUGUGUGUGUGUGUGUGUGUGUCAUGGUCACUGCCAAUGUUAUUUCCCUGACACACGGCCCCAGCUGUGUUUCUCUCUGCAGAAAUGAACAAUAACUGUAGGUGGCUGUGAGAAUAAAC